AGUUGAAUUAUUAUUGAAGCUGCUUGUAAGUUUCGUUUCCAAUUCUUUUUCAUGAAUCUAGUAGAAGCUUUUUGUGCUGAAAUAGAAGGCUUGAAUCCUGAAUGUCGCUUCGGAUCCUCGCUUCAGGAAGUAGACGGUCAAGAUAAUACAACUUGGGAAAAGGGAAACUAGUUAUUUCUCUAUCCAAGAAAAUAUUGGCAAUUGUUACGAAAUGCCGGGAAAUACGGAAUGACCGUGGAGAAUGAUCGAAGCGAUGACGAAGGGUUCGCCAUGUUUUACAAGGAAUCAACGUACCAUUCACCGCUUCAUUUCUAUGAUUGGCCGAGAAUGCAUCGUGAGAUGGCAUUGGGCACUGAUCGAGAGGGCUUCCAAGUUCGAUAUAAGACAACCACCACCUUCCUCGUCCGACUGCGGUCCUCUGCUCAGCCUUGUUGCGGCGUCGGGAGAGCGAGGGAGGUUAUCUUUGGCGUGGGAUGAUGCGCGAUGGAUGUUGGCCCUGCAGCGUGGCUUCUUAAUUGAAGGGUGAAGUGGUGAUGAUGGAUGGACAACGCAUACCCACACCAUGAGCAGGAGCAUGAGCGCGAGCGUGAGCACUCGCACCGAGCGAUGCGAUGCACGGGGUGACGAGAAAGCUGCCCAAUAUGUGCAAAGGAAGAGUGAGAGGGUUGGUGUUCGAUAGACCGUGACAAGCAUUCGCUCUAAUAUACAUAUAAUAAGCCUCGUCCACGAAUCCGAGGGCCGUGGUGACAUAUUGCGGUAUAUCGUCAUUCGUCGAGUGAAUAGGUACACGGUACUUGUGCUGCGCUGCGUUGCGACUCCGUAUUCAUCCCAUCCCGACGUAACAAGUACCGCGAAGACUUCCCCUCAUUAGUUGACCCUCCCACCAGCUGCCUCCUCUCUGCCUCGAUGUUGCGACCUCACAGUCUUACACACAUACACACACCCACACACCACCGGGACCAUCAUCCAGGAACCGACACAGACACCGAUACCGAACCGCCGACGAGGCACCUAACGUCGUAUCAUCGCUCUCGUCCACCUCAUAGGACGGGAAUUCGAGUGGUGUUCCCGGUCUUCAUUCGACGAGUCGUGGACUGGCUCGCUUUCUCCUCAAAUCCUCGGCCUCCUUUUUCAACCAACCACUAAGGCUCUCUUGACCAACCAAUCAAACGAAGCAAUUCGUUGCGAUUGUUGACAUCGCGAGAACCUCAACAAAAGGUCGCGCAAGCCGACUUCCAGUGUGCGACAGCCUCCAUUUCGCUCCCGUCGCACUCUGCACCUUCGGUUACAGCUUCACCGAUCGUCUUCAAACCGGACGGUCAGCUUCCGCCAUCUGCCUGCACCGAACCGUGAGCAAUCCACCGUGCCUCCAACAACAAACGCCGCCGUCGACAAAGACUCGACCGCUGGACUCGACCGACCACACAUCGCAUCCCUUGACUGGAUUCAUUGGAUCGAUAUCCCAUCUCAUCUCCUGCGACCGUGGUGAUCGCGAUUUUCCACGAAACACCGCAACUUGACCGAAUUGAACAUGGAUUCGCAGAACCCACCAGCUUCGUCCCACGGACAACCAGGGCAACGCGCACAGCCGGUGUAUGAUACCAAUCAUGGAGGUCAUUAUGGUUAGUUUCCGAGAAUUCCACGAUCCUAUGAAAGCAAACAAAAAUGCCGUCUUGUACCUCGAUGGAAUUCAUUGGCUAACGACUGCUUCUUGCGACAGGUGCCAGUGCUGCUGUACGUUCUCACCCAGAUGGGCUCGCGCAUCGCGCAUACCGAUGCAUCAAAGACCGAUCGACUGACUGAUUUUCUCUAGCUUGCCUCUCAAGGAUAUGCGCCCGUCGCCGAGUUUUAUACGGGAGCCUGGGCAAAUGUGAGAUCAUUCAUUGUACUCGCCAGAGAGCUGUCACUGAUGAGGGGUAUAGGUCAACCAAGGUCUUCACGGCAACUACAAGGACAUCCUCACGACCUAUUGGCAACACAUAAUCUCCCACCUAGAAACGGAGACGCACGACUACAAGCUUCACCAGCUCCCACUGGCCCGAAUCAAGAAGGUCAUGAAGGCUGAUCCAGAUGUCAAGAUGAUCUCGGCCGAAGCGCCUAUAUUAUUCGCAAAAGGCUGCGACAUCUUCAUCACUGAACUUACCAUGCGCGCAUGGAUUCACGCCGAGGAGAACAAACGCCGAACACUGCAGAGAUCUGAUAUCGCAUCCGCGUUGGCGAAAUCUGACAUGUUCGAUUUCUUAAUUGACAUCGUACCCCGCGAAGAGGCUGCUCAACACGCGAAGAGAGCUCCUGGAGGAACUGCCCCAGCCCCAGGAGUUCAAGGUCAACCAGCCGGUGCUCAACUCCCUCCUCAGCAUGUUCCGCAGCAACAGCCUAAUCACCCAGCUCAACAACACAUGGCACAGCCACCCACCUAUAUGCCUGCUGCUGGCCUAGCUCCCGAGGACGCUUACCAGCAACCUGUGUACGGUCAACAAAACCCAACGGCUGCUUAUGGCGCACCAGCUCCGGGCAUGUACAAUGAGAUGGAGGGAAUCUAUGGUUAUCCUAGUAUGGGACAACCCCAACAAGUAAGCUCGACUGACACUCAGCCCUACUCAAACUCUUCAAAUAUAUAACCUGUCACUUCUAUCCAAAAAACAAGAAGGGAAAUAUGAAUUGACAACUCUCAAUCAGAACAUGUACCAAGUCCAACAACAGCGACCACAUGAUCCAUCAGGAGUGGGCCAUGACGCAGGUCACGACUACCCACGAAACGACGGAGGUGAUGCCGACGCUGAUGCGGAGGGUGAGAGAGAUUAUGAGGUCGGUUAGAUGUUUAGUUCAUGUAGGGCGACGAAGCAGAUGGAUGGAUGAUGAUAUAUGUGUGUUUUCCUCGGAGUUUCAUGAUGAUUCGAUCCUUUUCUCUUUCUUUUGUUCCGGAAAGGAAACGAGUACCCCCUUACAGUAUUUUCAGUUGCGAAAACUUGCGUUGGCGCUUGGAUCGUAACAGUACAAGGGCUAUGAUAUGAUGGGCAGAAAACUUUCAUGAUGGUGAUCUCUUUUUAAAAUAAUGUUUUCAUGUACA